AGCGGCAUUCUCACUCACCCGCCGCAACUUGGCUUCAGCUCAACAGGAUUUCCUCUCAACCACCACCCACCACCAUCACACGUCUUCCUUCCGCUCUCUGGUGACCGCUUUUACCCACUCAACCUUGCAGCAGUAACCUCGCAAUCCUCGGUGUUGUCCCCAAUUUCCCUGCCGCCGCGGUGAAUCGCAUGUACCCUUUCCUUGGUGACGGUCCGGAAACGCCUCCUCCUGGCGGUCCAUUUGCCGCGAGGAUCAUCUCUGCUUUCUUCACAGGCAUCAUGAACUGUAUCAUCAAUUCCAUCGCCUACCUCUCGAGCAUCCUCUACAAGUACAUGGUCGAUGAACCCUUCUGGUUCGCGUUCGACAUCAUUACUUCGGCACUGGUCUUCAUCCCAGGGGCAUGCGCGGGAGCCGUGCUGCGAGCGUUCGGCUUCAUGCGGGUCGGACCAGCCACUAGAAACUGGGCAGCGCGUAUGAUGUCCAAGAUCAAUCCUGUCAUUGCGCGCGGAUGGUAUCCAACCUGCCAGUCUGCUCAGAUGGGAGGAUACGGCGUUGCCAUCGUGAAGCGGAGAUAUUCAGGGGCAUUGUCGUCGUGCUAUAGGGGAUCGGCUAUGUGUUGA